UGGAAGCGCAAUCAGGAAGCUAAACAUCUGGAGUGGAACGAGCAGGAAGAGAGCGACGCCCCCCGAAAAGGUGGCCCCCGGCGGGGCCGGGACCUCAAGUUCCGGGCGGGCGGGGGGAGCUGAGUCUCGAGCGGGCAGCUCGGAGUCGGGGCGCCCGGGGCUGCGGCGCGCCUGGCCGGGCCUCUGCUCCCCUCCGCGGGCCUUCGCCUCCUCCCACCGGGCCGUGGCGCCGCCUUCUGGCAGCUGGGCGUCUGCUCCGGCCGGCCGGUGUGCGGGCUCUAGCCGCGGGACGUGGGCACGGAGCGCGCCGGGGCGCGGGGCCGGGGGGCGGGCGCGGGGCGUGGUCAGCCCGGCCGCCGGGGCUCCGCGGCCUCGCAGAGCUGCUGGUGUCCCGCGGCCAAGUUGAGAGAAAAGUUUGAGGCCGGAGGGAGCGAGGUCGCGAGGCGGCGGGAGCUGCAGCGGUGCGGCGGACUUGGGGCCGAGCCGGGGAGGAGCUGCGCUCUACCUUCGGCCGCUUUGGGGAUCCGAGGCGGCGCCUCGCCGGCGAGCCGGACCGACUGGGUAGGGCCGCCCGCCACACUCGCGCUGGCGCUCCCUCGGGUCGUGGCUCCGGGGCUCGGGCGCUGCUGCCAUGAGCGCGGCGCGGGCCGCUCCGGAGCUCCGGGUAUCAGGCGUGGCUCGUCCCAGACCCAGCGCCCCACGAUGCCCCAAGUUCUGUCGUGCAAUUAACUGGACUCUCCUUCCACCAGCAGCUCCCCCUUGCCCCCGUGGGGUGGUGUGUGAGCUGUCCCAACCGACAGUCGCGGGGCUCUGACUCAUCCUGGGGCGGAACCCGGGGCCCCAGAGAGGAAUGCCCGUAGGAAGAGACCUUUUACUCCGAGGAGUGCGGAGCCAGACCUCGGGCCUCCGGGGUUCCCCUGACUUGGGGCUCUAGAACCAGCCCCCCGCCCCCCACCCGAGGGCUUCCAGCGAUGCCGAAGUGCCUGGCUCCCUGCACCGACUCCGACGGGCCAGAUGGGCGCCCACCUGGCUCAAGGCCCGUCCCGGUGGGCCGCAGCGCUGCCUUCUCUCUCUCAGAUCCCGCAGCUCCAGGGAAUGACGCCGGUGCCCCCGCGGCCCCGGUUUCGGGCGGGGAGGGCGAGCCCCACAGCUCGGACCACGGCGGCCGCCUGGGCAGCACCGAUAAGAGGCUGAAGGAAGGAGCCGCCGGCGGCGCCCCAACCGCGCUGGGGACCUCGUGCGAGCCGGACUCGCGAGUUGAAGUUAUGGAUUCAGUGGCUGGUUGGGGACUCGCUGCAUUUGGGGGUUUUGUUUCUGCAGUGGCUGGCCCAGGAGGCCAGCUCCCCAGGCCCUGCACUGUGCUGGUGCUGCUGAACCCUCGAGGGGGCAAAGGAAAGGGCCUGCAGCUAUUCUGGAAACAGGUGCAGCCCCAGCUGGUCCAGGCCGAUAUUUCCUUCAAGCUGUUGCUCACUGAGCGGAAGAACCACGCCCGAGAGAUGGUUCGGGCAGAGGAGCUGGGCUGCUGGGAUGCACUGGUGGUCAUGUCUGGCGAUGGGCUCAUGUACGAGGUGAUAAAUGGGCUCAUGGAUCGGCCUGACUGGGAGACUGCCAUCAAGAAGCCCCUGUGUAGCCUCCCUGCCGGUUCUGGCAACGCAUUGGCAGCUUCUUUGAACCACUACGCUGGCUACGAGCAGGUGACCAACGACGACCUCCUGACCAACUGCACGCUGUUGCUGUGCCGCAGAGUGCUGGCACCCAUGAACCUGCUGUCACUGCAGAUGGCCUCGGGGCUCCGCCUCUUCUCGGUGCUCAGCCUAGCGUGGGGCUUCAUCGCAGAUGUAGACAUCGAGUCUGAGAAGUACCGCCGUCUGGGUGAGAUGCGCUUCACACUGGGCACCUUCCUGCGCCUGGCAGCCCUGCGCAUCUACCGGGGCCGACUGGCCUACCUCCCGGUGGGGGUGGCCUCCAAGAAGCCCACCGGCUCGCCUCUGGAGCAGCAGCACCAGGGCCUUGUGGAUGCCCACCUGGUGCCCCUGGAGGAGCCAGUGCCCUCUCACUGGACUGUGGUGCCAGAGCAGGACUUUGUGUUGGUGCUGGCCCUGUUGCACUCGCACCUGGGCAGUGAGAUGUUUGCUGCGCCCAUGGGCAGCAUGGCUGGUGCCAUGCACCUGUUCUACGUGCGGGCAGGGAUUUCUCGGGCCAUGCUGCUGCGUCUCUUCCUGGCCAUGGAGAAGGGCAGGCACAUGGAGCUGGACUGCCCCUACCUGGUCUAUGUGCCUGUAGUGGCCUUCCGCUUAGAACCUCAGGAUGGGAAGGGUGUGUUUGCUGUGGAUGGGGAGAUGGCAGUUUCUGAGGCUGUACAGGGCCAGGUGCACCCAGACUAUCUUUGGGUGGUUAGUGGUGGUACAGAGUCCUUGCCCUCUCUGGAGUCACAGCCCCUGCCCAGACUGUAGCCUCCGAAGAUGCCACUAGAAGAGCCCUUGUAACUGGGCCUCGCUGUGCCUUAGCUUGAUACUCAAGUCUAUUUUCACCCAGGACCCUCUGACCCCGGGACUGGAGGGCUUGUUUAUAGCUUGUGGGAGGACCAAGAGGCAGAGGCCUUCUGCAUACUGGUGGGAAGGUGGAAAGCCACACCUUUUAAAGACAAGCUCUGCUCAGCAAAGAUCAUGGGGUCAUUAGCCCAACUGGUUGGGGCCCUAUGGCCUAUGAAGCCAUUCCUUUGUUCUGGGAGCCCCACUCCAUGAGUCAAAUCCAAAUAAAGUGACAUUCCCAGACUACUGGACUUA